AUGCCUGCCGCUUGUUCAUCAGAUGGCCAUCUGAUGAACGUUUUGGAGCGUCCACAAGCGUGUGGAUGUACUACGAGUGAGUGCGAUGGCCUCACUUGUGGUACGGUCGUUAGUACGACUGCACAAAACCUUAGUGUACCAAACGGUUACACUUCGGAGCAAAGUUCCGGCGGCUGUGAGGAAACACAGGCUGCGCCGAAGGUCCACCACUCGAAUAAGUCGGGUGGACUGGGACAAAGAUGUAUCCCUAGAGGGGAACAUCUAGAAGAGAAACAAUCGAUCGCUCAGGUUAAGCGAAACGAUAAUCCUAGAUCGACUGGAGAGUCUUUCGUAGAGGAUCUCGCUGUGGUUGCGCAACCCCAGCUAGAGGAAGUAAAGGGAAUAAGUCCCAAGAUUACAAAUACGGCGGAAAUAAGUUCCCCGAAACCCGCGGGAAUAAGUCCCCGGGAAGACGAAGGAAUAAGUCCUUCGAAGCCUGAGGGAAUAAGUCCCCAGGAAAUGACAGAGACAUUGAAUGUCAUAGUCAAUAACGGAUCAUGUGUAGGCGCUUAUACACUUGAUCUGAUUGCGCCUCCGAAGUUAACUUCGGAGAUCACUCAGUUGCCAACGCUCGAACAUAAAAGGUUCUUGCGUGAUCUGCGUAGUGGCAAAGUCAAGCAGAUCUGCAUACUCGUCGCUGACGACGAGUAUGUAACCGACAUAAGGUCAGCAACAGUGUUUACUGAGAACGAGAGAGUUCUCAGUAGUUCAUCUAUGGACGAGAGUGUCCUAGAUGAAAAGACACGAAUUGAGCGAUAUGAGUCCCAAUCAUGGGAAUCGCUCAAGGAAAACCCUCUCUAUGAGGAUUUGGUUGAAUUCAAGGAUGUAUUCCCUGAAACUGUUCCGUGCGAAUUACCGAAGGAUAAAGGUAUUCGACACGAAGUCGAGCUUAAACCAGGCUCGAAGUACUGUGUCAUGAAGCAGUGGCCACUGCCUCGUGAACAAGUACUUGCGAUCGACAAGUUCUUUGCCGAUCGUUUAGCAGCGGGCCAUGUGAGGGAAUCAACUUCCCCACAUAGCUCUCCGACCUUCUGUGUGCGAAAAGCAACAGGAGGGUGGCGGAUAGUGCACGCGUUUAACAAAUUGAACGCUGCAACGGUACCGGCUCAGACGCCGAUACCGAGGAAGGACGUAAUCAUUGAUGGUAUGUCAAAGAGUACCAUCUUUUCGUCCAUGGAUUUGAUGGAUGGCUUCUAUCAAAUCCUAAUGCGGGAACGGGAUAUACCCUAUACCGCAGUUAGCACGCCUAGCGGCAUGCUCUGGGAAUGGCUAGUAAUGCCACAAGGGCUCAGUAAUGCCCCUGCCACGUUCAACAGGUGUGUAUCACAUCUGUUGAGGCCAGUACGAGAAUUCGCGCCGAGUUAUUUCGAUGACGUAUUCAUCCAUAGUCGAGCUAUGGAUGGAAAGUCGGACGUUGAGGUUCACAAGUACCACGUCCGACAAGUUCUUACAAUCAUGCGAAAGCAUCAAUUGUAUGCAAACCUCAAGAAGUGUAUAUUUGCAGCAAGCGAAAUACCACUUCUUGGGUGCAUCGUUGGUAAGAACGGUGUACGUCCUGAUCCCGAAAAGAUCAAGGCGAUCACCGACUGGCCUGUGCCGGUCGAUGUCAAAGGUCUUCGAAAAUUCCUUGGGCUAGCGGCGUAUUUGCAUAAGUAUUCACGCAAUUACGCCGAGAUGACUGUGCACCUCUCUCGUUUGUUGAAAAAGAACGAGAGGUGGUUAUGGAACGCUGAAUGUCAACGCUCCUUUGAGGGUAUCAAGCAGAGCUUGAUACAAUCCCCAGUCCUAGCAAUAGCCGAUCAGGACAGGCCAUUUCAUGUGGUCUGUGAUGCCAGCGAUUUCGCAAUCGGCUGUGCAUUAAUGCAGUACGACCUUGAAGGCGUUGAACGCGUCGUCUGCUAUCAGUCGCGUCAGCUGCAACCAGCUGAGCGGAACUAUCCAGUGCAUGACAAGGAACUCCUUGCCAUGAAGUAUGCACUCGCGAAGUUCAGAGUCUAUCUAUUAGGAGAUAGACCCUUCGUUGUUUACACUGACCAUGCGUCCUUACGCACGGCAGUGAACAGCCCGCACCUUUCACAACGAAUGGCGCGGUGGUUGUCAUUCUUUGCAGAAUACAACUUUACGGUCGAGUACAAACCAGGACGACUUAAUGUCGUCGCUGAUGCACUCUCACGUCGUCCCGACUUUGAAACAGUCGCGAAACCCAACAGUGAGACAGUCACUGUUGCGGUUAUGACGUCCUCAGUUCCAUCUACAACGUUGUAUGAUGAUGUGAGGCGGGCAUACGCCCAAGAUGGUGAGAUAGUGAAGUUGUUGUCACAUCUCUCCCAACCAUCUCGAGAAUCGUUGAAACGAUUGUCGUCUGCGUAUCGAUCUGCAUCAGAUCGAUACACUACUCGUAACGGUUUACUGUACUAUACAGCCGUUUCUGGUGACACACCACGUGUUGUCAUUCCAGAUGAUACUGAUCUGCGUUUGCGGAUCAUGUUCGAGUAUCACGAUGCUCCUAUAGGAGGACAUCGUGGCCGAGAGAAAACAUAUCUCACGGUAAGUCGAGACUUUUACUGGCCCCGCCAGUAUCAGUUUGUGCGAAAGUAUGUUCGCGCAUGCGAAGUCUGCCAACGAGUGAAGUCAAGUCCUUCACUGCGUGCACCUUUACAGCCUCUACCGGUUCCGGCUGAGUGCUGGGAAUCCAUCUCAAUGGAUUUCGUCUUCGGGUUACCCAAAGACGCACGCGGGAAUACGGGUAUUCUCGUAUUUGUUGACAGAUUCAGCAAAAUGGUACACCUUGUGGCUGUACCAGAGACAAUCACGGCAAGUGGCUGUGCUUGUGUCUUUAUUGACACCAUCUUCCGACUUCAUGGGUUGCCCCGUGAACUCGUUUCAGACAGAGAUCCACGCUCCACUGCUGAUUUCUGGCGUUCCGUGUUCAAAUCACUCGGAACGCGCUUGAAGAUGUCAACAUCUGAUCAUCCAGAGUCAGAUGGUCAGACGGAACGUGCCAACCGUGUCCUCGAAGAGAUACUUCGAGGAUACGUACACUCCUUUAAGAGUUGGAGUGAGUUUUUGCCAAUGGUAGAGUUUGCCAUCAACAACUCGGUGCAUGCGUCCACGACACAUACACCGUUUUACGUGAAUGGCUUGCGCCAUCCGCGUGUACCCACCUUACUAGAGUGUAACUCUGGUUUGAAGGGGGGAGGGACUCGCGCGAGCAAAAACCGAUUUGGUUCACGCUCAUCACGCUCUGACGAAGAAGUCAUUGCGUUUGAUGCCGAUAUCGAUAACAUCGAUAUCGAAGAAGAUGAUGCCAGUGAGAGUGCGGAAGCCCUCACUGAAGACAAUGAUCCCAGUGAGAGUGCGGAAGCCCUCACUGAAGAAAAGGUUGUUGUCGCUGCAGUGCGCUCACAGCACACUGAAGCUAACGAGUCAUCAGAUGAGUUCAUACUGGCUCGUGAAACGGUAGUCCGUUUUGUGCAAGACUCCAUCGCCGAAGCGGUGACUUAG